CAUCCUUUUUCAGCAGUCAUCACAGUGAACACAUGACUAAAGCGCCCGACGCCCCAAAAGAAUAGAAAUACGGAAAUAAACAAAAGGCAAAAGCUAUUAUGUUUGUUUAUGCUCUUCCUCUUCCUCUUCCUCUUCCUCCUCCUGCUGCUCUCCUCAUCCCAAUACCACCCAAUCACUCUUCCUUUCCUACUACUACAAUUGCACAUUCCUCUGCAAAAGAAAAGCCAUCCCGUCUGCUGCUGCAAUCUUUGAACAAAAAAGAGAUACGCCUGUCGUGUCUCCUCAUUCUUCCCUGUUUUGUUUUGGGCCACCUCCACCUCUCUCUUCCUAUCUUCUCGCCAUUCUUCUUGAUCUAGCAUAACUUUUCUUUGCUGUAGAGAGUAAUCUAAUAAAGGGAGGGGCUUGUGAUGAUAUACGGUGAUCGAUAUGGAAAAGAUCCCCGAAUUGCGUUUGCUUCCCACGCAAUUGCCCCGUGGCAGUAAAGGGACAAAGGCUCACCCGACUUUGUUAGAAGAGAUUAGGAAACCAUCCAAGUUGCAGGAAUCUCAUGAGCUGGAUCCACGUGUCGCUGCACAAGCAUGGAAAGGGAAGAGCUUUUUACAGGAGGAGGAAGAUCUCAUGCCUGGCGUUCUUUCAUUUAAAGUCAGUGAUGAUUCAUUUGAGGGAAGUGGCUCUACGUCAUUUCAUGGUGUGAGUCACCCCCCUGAACCUUUAGACACAGACAUCAUGAGACCGGUCUAUGUACCAAUUGGUCGGAACAAUGGGGAUGGAAAGUGCUUGGUUAAAAGCCUAUCUAAGAAGGGCCCUUUUCUGGAGGAUCUUUCAAUCCGGGUGCCAAGUAUCAAACAAAGCCCAUUGCUUUCACCUGCUGAGAGCUUGGUUGAAGAGCCCAACGACUUAGCAGCUGUCUCAUCCCCGUUUGCAGUUUCUCGUCCGUCACAAAAUACAGACGCCAGUCCGCUCCCAGAUUCUGAGGAAAAAGAAUGUAUAUGGGAUGCUUCAUUACCUCCGAGUGGUAAUGUUAGUCCACACAGUAGCAUUGAUAGUAUUGGUGUUGCUAGGGCUAUGAGCAUUGUCAAUAGCUGUGCUAGCACAUAUAGAAGUGAUGGGAUAAUGAGUGAUGGUAUGCUUAGUGUGGACAGGAACUAUGAGAGUAUGAAAGGGAGCAUUCCUGGUGAUUCCCUUGAGAGUACCAAAACUAGCCUUAGCCGACCGAGUGACAGCAGCGGCCUUAGUGAUGACAGUAACUGGAGUAACAUUACUGGCAGUGCAAAUAAGCCUCACAAAGGAAAUGAUCCUAGAUGGAAGGCUAUACUGGCUAUUCGAGCACGUGAUGGUAUUUUAGGCAUGAGUCAUUUCAAAUUACUGAGAAGACUUGGAUGUGGGGAUAUUGGAAGUGUGUAUCUCUCUGAGCUGAGUUCAACUCGUUGUUUCUUUGCAAUGAAGGUAAUGGAUAAGGCAUCUCUUGCUAGCAGGAACAAGUUGAACAGGUCCCAGACAGAAAGAGAAAUCUUGCAGUUGCUGGACCAUCCAUUCUUGCCAACACUGUACACUCAUUUUGAGACGGACAGAUUUUCUUGCUUGGUCAUGGAAUAUUGUCCUGGAGGAGACCUGCAUACCCUGAGGCAGCGCCAACCAGGAAAACAUUUUUCAGAAUAUGCUGCACGAUUUUAUGCAGCGGAAGUUCUUCUGGCACUAGAGUACCUCCACAUGCUGGGAGUGGUAUACAGAGACCUGAAACCGGAAAACGUUCUUGUUCGUGACGAUGGGCACAUUAUGCUUUCAGACUUUGAUCUUUCCCUUAGAUGUGCCGUUUCACCAACCCUAAUCAGAAGUUCCGCAUUGAGUUCAGAUCGAGGGGCUGCAUUCUGUGUGCAGCCAGCAUGUAUCGAGCCAACAUCAGCAUGCAUUCAACCAGCAUGCUUCCUACCCCGAAUUUUCCCUCAGAAAGGCAAGAAAAAAUCCGGGAAGUCAAGAGCUGAGACAGGAAUCCCGUCCCGUACUCUACCUGAGCUCGUUGCAGAACCUACUGCAGCACGGUCCAUGUCUUUUGUCGGAACCCACGAAUACUUGGCCCCCGAAAUCAUCAAGGGCGAAGGUCAUGGCAGCGCGGUGGACUGGUGGACAUUUGGUAUCUUCUUACAUGAAUUACUCUAUGGUAAAACCCCAUUCAAAGGUUCAGGAAAUCGAGCAACACUCUUCAACGUAGUAGGACAACAGCUCAAAUUCCCCGACUCACCAGCAACAAGCUAUGCUAGUCGGGACCUUAUACGUGGAUUGCUCGUCAAGGAGCCACAAAACAGGCUAGGGGUUAAACGAGGAGCGACCGAGAUUAAGCAGCACGCAUUCUUCGAAGGCGUGAACUGGGCUCUUAUACGAUGUAGCACUCCACCAGAGGUGCCAAGACCCAUCGAGGCUGAGUUUCCCGAGAAGUUCGGGCAGGUGGACUUAGCUGGGGUGGGCAAUGGCAGCAAAAGGGUAGUAGGAACAGACAUGAAAUCAGGGGGUAAGUUUCUGGACUUUGAGUUCUUUUAGCCAAGGCAUAUAUAGGAUUCUUGUCCUGUAUUUUGUAUCAGUGUCAUUAGUUGAUCCCCUACUGAAAUUGUGACAGAAAUUUACAUAAGCUGUAAUGGACUUCAAAAAUUGCUUGAUAAUUAAGAUGAAUAUUUAGAUGAAA